GAAAUUGAGUCAUUUUUUUUCUUCAGAAGGAAAUUCUGGAAGCCCAGUUAGAAAGUAUUUAAUAUUGAAUUUCCAGUAGUGAGUAUUGACUAUAAAUCAAAUGCAGGCAUUUUUAAAUCACACGAAGACUCAAUGAAGCAUGAACUAGGAAUUUCUGGGGGUUGUAGAUUUCUAGAAAUGUUUCCUUUUGUAUGGAGCCAAACCCUAGUGCCUGGCAUGCCACGCCUAAAGGCGGACUCUGCAGACCAGUCCAAGCCAGGGCAGUGCUGGGGAACCAAGGCCUGUGCCUAGCCACGUACCCCAAGGGAGCAGGCUCGACCCUGUGCUCCUGCAGGGUGCAUUUGCAGUCCAGCCCUGCACCCUAGUGGGGUCUUCAUAACUCUGGUGGGCAUGAACCCCAACAGCAGCCAGGGCCAUGGGGCAAGGGCUCUGAUGUUCCAGGCAGCUAGGGGGCUGAGGGCUGACCUGCGGGGCGCGUCCACUGGGCCCUGGAGGAGCCUGGCCAGGAUGUCAAAGCCUGAGAGGACGGACCUGAAGGCUGCAGUUGCAGGACAUGAGUGCUUGCUGCCAAUUGAGAGAAGCUUUCAGAAUGCUGCUAAAAGCAAUGAUUUGGCUCUUAUGGAGAAGCUGUUUGAAAAGAAGGUUAACAUUAAUGCUGUGAACAAUAUGAACCGCUCAGCCCUGCACUUUGCAGUGGCGAGGAAUCAUUUAUCCGCGGUGGAUUUCUUACUGAGCCACAAAGCCAGAGUGGAUGUUGCCGACAAGCAUGGCUUGACAGUGAUUCACCUUGCAGCCUGGUCUGGAAGCUUCGAGAUCAUGCUCAUGCUAGUUAAAGCUGGAGCAGACCAGAGAGCCAAGAACCAGGAAGGAAUGAAUGCACUCCACUUCGCAGCUCAGAACAAUAACCCGCACAUUGUGGAUUACCUCAUUCAAGACUUGCACCUGCAGGACCUGAAUCAGCCCAACGAGAGAGGAAGAAAACCAUUUCUCUUGGCAGCUGAGAGGGGCCAUGUUGAAAUGAUUGAAAAGCUUGUCUUCCUUAAUCUGCACUCUUUAGAAAAGGAUAAGGAGGGAAACACUGCCUUGCACCUGGCUGCAAUGCAUGGUCACAGCCCAGUGGUGCAGGUGCUACUAACUCAGUGGCUGGAAGUAAAUGAGACCAAUGAGAAUGGAGAAACUCCAUUCAUGUUGGCUGUUGAAGGAGGUCAUGAAGAAUGCAGUCGAGUGCUCCUGGAAGGAGGAAGUGAUGUCAACAUCCCAAACAAACUCAACGUCAGUGCUUUGCAGACAGCCACCCGGAAUGGCCACACAUCCCUUGUCAACUUUCUUCUCAGUGAGAACGCUGAUCUGCAACGGCAGAAGGAACCCAAGGAGUCCCCUCUUCACUUAGCAGUCAUCAACAACCACCCCACAGUUGUGAACAGCUUAUUAAGCGCUCGGCAUGAUGUUGACAUCUUAGAUCAGAGGCAGCAGACCCCUCUGCAUGUAGCUGCUGAUCUUGGGAAUGUGGAGUUGGUGGAGACACUGCUGAAGGCCGGCUGUGACCUGAAAAUCACUGACAAGCAAGGAAAGACUGCCCUGGCUGUGGCUGCCAGGAGCCAUCACAGCCUCAUCGUGGAUAUGCUCAUUAAAGCUGAGAGGUACUAUGCCUGGAGAGAGGAGCACUGUGAGAGCAUCCAGGACUCAGCAGGAAGCUCUCCACUGACAUUCAAACAGGACCACAGUCUGGAGACCAGGCACAUCCGCACACUCCUCUGGAACCUGGCCUACCAACAGUUCAAGGAGAAGGACUGGCAGAGGCUGGCCCGUUUGUGGAGCUUUACGGAGGACCAGAUCAGAGCCAUCGAGGAACAGUGGUCAGGUAACAAGAGCUUCCGUGAGCAUGGCUACAGGGCUCUGCUUAUCUGGCUGCACGGGGCUCUCAUGACACAACCUGACCCUGUCAAGCUGCUGUAUGAGGAGCUGCUGCGCGCAGGAUUCCUAGAAUCAGCUGAAAAGAUUCGUCAGUUCAAAGGUAAAACUGACCCAAGCUCCAAGAAAUGUGCAGUCUCCUAAGCUGAAGAAGCAAUGUGAAUGGUUUCCCACUCCUCAUUCAGUUUAACUUUGGUUCCCAAUGGCCACAACCAUCUCCCAGCAGGAUGAUUUUCUGGUACAAAGAUGCUGCUCCUCCAGGGAUGGAAGUGAACAUACCACCUUCCUGCUGCUCCAGCCACACAUUGGUUUUACCUUUCUCUCGAGGCAAAUUGUGUGACAUUCUCAUUUCUGUCAUUUGAUGUAUACAAGGAACAGCACAGCUGGAAGGGUUCUGUAUAAGUUUAAAAUCCAAACAGAUGGUGAGAGCAGCAUGGUAGCACACAGAAAAGCAAGGGCUAGGAGAUUUGAUUCUUAGCUGUGAGCAGUGGACAUGUUAAUAUUAUAGCCAUUCUCAGAUCUUUGGCUUCCUUUUGUGAUAGACAGAAUGUUUCCUCCAGAUAUUGGGGUGAAGAUGAAGGGGAAACACCUGACCUCAAGCCAGUGGGAUGCAAGUCAUAAACUCUUAUCUUUGUAGAGAAACUGCAUUUGGAAAUUCAGUCACUGUUGGCUUUAUACCAUAUAAGUGUACUCUAUUAUACAGAAAAAAAAAAAAAAAAGACCCAGACAUACACCAGUGAUUUUUAAACCUUUUGUAAUUUAAAUAUGGGUAAUUUUAAUUCUUUGUACUUUCUGGUACAUUCUAUUUUGUUCACAAUGAACAAGCGCUGCCUUCUGUAACCUGAGAAAGCUACAAAAGGUAUCAGUUUCUAUCACUGUAUACCUACCUAAAGUCCAAUACCGACUCAGCCUGGAAAAGCUGGUAAGAUAAUCACGGGCAAUUAUUCUACUAUUAAUUUACAGUUUCAAGUAUUUUUCUUACAUUGAUUGUAAAUGCUAGGAAUGUUUAAAACAGGCAAUAUAUUCACAAGGUUCCAGAAUUUUAAAUAAGUAUUAAAUAAAAAGUCCCAUCUUA